AUGUCGCGCUCCUCCUCCGCUUCGUGCUCUCCCGUCCCCAGCCCCAAGCAGGCCACACAGACGAUUCUCGCCGGCCGCAAGUGCUACCGGAUAUCGAAAGACAAGAACGAGGUCGUCUGGCCCCCGCACCUCGAGGCCGCGCUGAUGGAGGGCCUCGACAAGUACACGCCCGCCGAGUCAAAGUCGCCCCGCGGCCUGACGCGCUUCCCGAACCGGAACAAGUUCAUCUCCCAGUACAUCCUCGAGAAGACCGGGGAGACGCGGACCGCGAAGCAGGUCGGGAGCCGCAUUCAGCAAUUGCGCGACACCAGCGCGGGCAAGACGAUCAUGAAGGCGAUCUCGGACCGCCACUACGAGAUGAUGCACCCCACCCGCCCGCCGCCGCAGACGGACGGCGCGGGGGCGGUCGGCAUCGCGCACGUCUUCAUCAGCGUCCCUCCCCCGUCCGUCGCCGGCUCCCCCGUCCCGCCCGCGCAGCCGUUCGCGGGCCCGAGCCGCCACACCGGCGUGACCGUCCUGCCCAACGGCCGGUGCCAGUGGGUGGAGCCGCGCGCGCUGCGGAGCAUCAACCCGACGGUGACCUUCCUGAGCGCGUCCACGAUCCCGCUCUUCAGCACCUGCACGGUCGAGUCCAGCUUCGACGGCGUCGUGCACGAAGGCGACGCGAUGCUGAUGGAGGAGCUCGGGGUCGUGCCCGACGGGUGCGCGUACCUGCACUACACGACGCUCGCGCCCGCGUACUGGGACACGCUCUGCCUCUGCCACGACCUCGCGCCGUACACGAUCUUCCAGGAGAUCUCCAGGCUGGACGACGCCACGCAACGGCUCGUGCCAGUCAAGCGCAUCCUGUACCACUUCACGUCCGGCGCUGCGCCGCCGCUCUCGCCCUUCUCCUUCUCCGACCCGGACCUCGAGAUGGUCAGUUCGCUCCCCCCACCCGCGAUGUUCCACGCGCCCUCCUCCUCCGACGGCUCCUUCCAGAGCGACCGCAGCAGCUCGCCGUCGUACAGCGUCGCCGCCGGCUUCGCGAGCGCCCCCCUGAGCCCCGUCGACCAGUGGUCGAUGCACGCCGUCUCCGGCGCGCAGGACCAGUGGGCCUUCGGCGGCCUCCCCGCCGCCCCCGCCGCCCCCGCGCCGUCCUUCUCCCCCGCGUUCCCCGCGCAGCCGUUCGUGCAGGCGGCGGGCUCGCCCCCGAUGCCGUUCUCGGCGGGCGCGUACGCGCCCGCGCACGCACAUUCACACUCCUCUGGCGGGCGGUUCAUGUUCUGCUAG